UGCCAUGGACUCCAUGUUUGAGGAUGACAUCAGCAUCCUUACCCAAGAUGCCUUGGUCCAGGAUGACGAGUGGCUGGACAGCCCCAACACAGACCUCUCCAGCGAGAUGUGCUCGGCCUCCCACUUCGCUCUCAUCACGGCCUAUGACGACAUCAAGAACCGACUGACCGGGCUGGAGCGGGAGAACGCCUGCCUCAAGCGGAAGCUGAAGAUGUACGAGAUCAAGUUCCCACUGAUCAGUGAGUUUGGAGAUGAGCGCAUCUUCUCGGUCUAUGACUCCAAGGAGACCUCCCUUCUGAAGAGUGAGAAAGCCAAUCUCCAGCAGCAGCUGAAUCAAUUCCAGCGGGAGCUGCAGAAAAGCAAGGAGAGGGAAGAGCAGCUGGCAGAGAUGAUCCAAGCCUAUGAGAAGCUGUGCGUGGAGAAGACUGACCUUGAGUCAGAGCUGGGACAGAUGAGAGCACUGGUUGAGACACAUUUGAACCGCAUCCAUAGCCUGGAGCAGCAGCUGAGGCAGAGGGACAGCAACACGUUUCAGAGCAUGAGCUCUCCGCUGCAAACCCAGGAAGUGCAGUACCUCUCGCUCCAUGGUGGCCACGGUGACUCUCCUGCAGGUUGGUGUAGUGGCCUCGAACAGGCAGAGGGCCUAGAGGUGCACAGGCUGGAAGCAGAACUGGAAGAUACGCGGCAGGAAGUGCAGAACUCGCAGCACCGGGAGGAGCAGUUGAAGGCGGAGUGCGAGAGGCUGCAGGCGGAAGUCAAGCAGUUGCAUGAGACUCGGGCUCAGGAUCUUGCGACGAGUCAGUCGGAGCGAGACAUGGCAUGGGUAAAGAAAGUUGGAGAUGACCAAGUGAACCUGGCUCUUGCCUAUACGGAGCUCACGGAGGAACUGUGCCGCCUGAGGAACCUGAGUUCUCUGCAAAGCCAGAUUCUCCGGACGCUUAUGCAAGAGCAGGCUGUCAAUGGUGGGCAUCGCCACUCUCCGCACUCACAGCGCCAUUCUCCUGCUCAGCAACGUCGCUCCCCAGCUCCCCAGUGCACCUCUCCAGCCCAGCAAGGGAGACCGUCCGUCCCUCAGUGCCAGUCGCCAGCCCUGCAGAGACGGUCUCCGGCACCGCCCUGCCAAUCCCCCGCCCAUCAACGUCGUUCCCCGGCUCCGCCUCCUUGCCAGUCGCCUGCCUCGCAGCGCCGUUCCCCGGCACCACUGCCCGGCCAGUCUCCCGCCCAGCAGCGCUGCUCGCCAGCCCCAAACUGCUCUUCCUCCGCCAUCACCUCGCAGCACAGAUCUUCGGGCAGCGAGAGAAGCAUCAUGGAUCUGGGCUACGUCAAACCCUCCAGCCACCACAUCAAAGCAAGCUUCCAAGGGCGCCGGAGCUAUUCGGAGGUGAGAGACGCGGCUAUGUACCAGCAGAACAGCUCUCUCUGGCUGCAGCCGGAAGCUUCCACCUUACCAAAGCACCGUCCCUACGGCGACGUUUACGCCAGAGACGCCUUCGAAGAGCACUUGCGCUUCGAGAAGCAAUCCUCAGACGAAGACGACUGGGCCCUCCCAAGUCCCCCCAGCCCUGAAGCCGGGGGAAUUCGCUGCUCCUCUUUCUGUGCAGGGUUCCCCAUCCCCGACGCUUCCACGCACCGGACCGAUGCCUCGUACUCCAGGGCUGAGCACGCUCAGUCCUGGCCCUCAAUCAAUUUGCUGAUGGAGACAGUGGACUCUGACAUCCGAAGCUGCCCCCUCUGCCAGGUGGCCUUCCCCAUUGGUUACCCGGACGAUGCUUUGAUAAAACACAUUGAUUCCCACCUGGAGAACAGCAAGAUCUGAGGCCUGCGCCGUCAUCCCUUCUUCUUCUGGCUUCCUUAACAAGACCUGUCCACCUCAACCC